ACCAGCACUGGCCAAAACUACAACACUUCAUCUCCUCUAUCCCUCCCAGCUUUGCUCCCACCAAGAGUAAGAACAAGCAGCAGCAGAAGAGCGGUAGAGGAAGGUGAUAAGAUGGCCCUCAAGCUGUGGGCUUCUUCAGCUGCCAAUGCCCUCAGGAUCUCCUGCAGUGGCGCCAGGACUCCUUUCCCUGCCUUCUCCAUCUCAAGAUGCUUCUCCUCUGUGAUAGAUGGCUUGAAGUACACCAGUUCUCAUGAGUGGGUGAAGCAUGAGGGUUCUGUGGCUACCAUUGGCAUCACUGAUCAUGCUCAGGGCCAUCUCGGGGAGGUGGUGUUUGUGGAGCUGCCAGAAUCUGGAGUAGCAGUUGCAAAAGGAGGCAGCUUUGGAGCAGUGGAGAGUGUCAAAGCAACAAGUGAUGUCAACUCCCCUGUUUCUGGUGAAGUCAUUGAAGUCAACGCCAAGCUAACUGAGACUCCUGGUCUGAUCAACACAAGCCCAUAUGAAGAUGGAUGGAUGAUCAAGGUCAAACCCAGUGAUCCAUCUGAACUCAACUCAUUAAUGGGCUCCAAGGAGUACACCAAGUGUUGUGAGGAAGAAGAUGCUCACUAGAGCAUGAAAAUUAACUGAUCCUGUGAAGGACCAUAAACCUUCAUGUUACUCUUUGGAGACUAGCUCUACUCUCUUCUAUCUUGUUCUUGUUUCUGUUGUUGUCAUUCCUGCUCUUCUUGCUGCUGUUUGGAAGAUUCUGAUGGGUGUCUGAUUUCUCAUGGCAAGACUAUCUUUUAAUGAUGGACAAAAAAAAAAAAA